AUGUCUUCUCCCAGUAAGCGCCGAGAGAUGGACUUGAUGAAGCUGUGAGGCCCAGAAAUUGAUCCGAGUCCUUGGGUUUUCGCGACUCUUUUGUGGAUCUUUUUGGCGUCUGACUCCUUCCCGUCGCAGGAUGAUGAGCGAUUACAAGGUGGAAAUGAUCAACGACGGGAUGCAGGAGUUCUACGUCGACUUCCACGGCCCCAACGAAAGUAAUGACGCCUAUUCCUCUGUAUAUUUCUCAUUGACUUCUCUUUUUCGUGGAAAUUUAUCUUUCGGGGCGACUGGAUUUCCUUCCCAUGGAAACGCUGCAGCGUUUCGACCCUCAUUGACUGAAUCUUGCUGGCUACUGAUAGGACUACAUGGACAGACGAUCUUUUUGAUCGCCCGUGGUCCUGUUCUUGCGUUUUUUCUUUUUUUUUCGUAAAUAAGCGUCGAUAAAGUUAGUUGUGGGCCGAUUGGUGUCACUUGCUUUUUUUUGUAGAAUAUUCCUCUAUAGUUUCUCGGUGAUUGUCACGGAGUUUGUGGAACGCUUUCUGGCGUCUGCUUCAGCAUCCGAACCAUGAAUGAACCUCUAUUCAGUUAUUUUUCUCCCUUUUGUAAUCUGUGGUUGUGUCAGGUCUGUAUCAGGGGGGUGUGUGGAGGAUAAGGGUGGAGCUGCCUGAUGCGUAUCCUUACAAAUCUCCUUCUAUUGGCUUCGUCAAUAAAAUUUACCACCCAAAUGUCGAUGAGAUGUGAGUUCUUGGAAGUUUUGGUUGUGUGUUGUUUUCAUCGCCACCUUGUUGCAAUAUUAAAAAAUGCUGCAACGUUUUUUCACUACCUGUCAUCAUAAGGAGAGAUUCUUGGGUCAACUGAAUGUCAUAGUGUGUUUCUUCAUUUCAGGUCUGGCUCAGUUUGUUUGGAUGUCAUUAACCAAACGUGGAGUCCUAUGUUUGGUAAACUAUCAUAUCCGUUUGUCGAAUUUUGAAUUUGAAUUUCACAUUGUUAUUUCCAAUUGCUUCUUUUUUUAUGCCAAUUAAAUGACACUUUGCAUACGAAAAUUAUUUUUAUUUGGGUCUCUGUAUUUUGCAGAUCUUUUAAAUGUUUUUGAGGUUUUCCUUCCACAGCUUCUUCUGUAUCCUAACCCAUCUGAUCCUUUGAACGGAGAGGCUGCUGCCUUGAUGAUGCGUGAUCGAAAUUGUUAUGAACAAAAAGUGAAAGGUAUACUUAUUCAUAGUAAUUUACCUAUUUAUAUAUUUUUCUUCUCAAUCCUUGAAAAUCUUCAUCUUCGUAUCCAUUUUUAACGUAUGUCAUCUGUGCAACGACUACUAAUUGUACGGGUCUGCUGAUACUGGCUUAUUUGAGUAAAGAAGGGUAUUUCAUUUUAAAACUACUCCCCCCUUUGAUUUCUCGGCAGAAUGACGCCCAUUGUAUCCAGUUUUCUAUAUGCUGACAAAGAAUUCUUUGGCAGUGGAGGAUUUGACAGGGAAAGAGCCUACUGAAUCUUUUUGAAGUUUCACCAACAUUUAGAAACUUCUGCUAGGGUUUAGCUCUCGCCCUAGAUUUAAAUACACUUUGUAUAUAGUAGAAAUGUUUGUAAGUUGGCAUGAAUGCUUUGCUGUUUUGGUUUUUUUGGGAUGGUUUAUCGAGAGGUCAAUGUUAACAUGGUGUACCACAGUAUUCUCUUUUUCUUUUCUUUUUUUUGGCAUCUCCUUUUUUAAUGGAAUAGUUGGAAGUAAACAUUAUCUUCAGUGAAAAGAUUGUUGUGGGUAAAUGAAGUCAUUUCUGAUGAUUGAUAGUUACCUCUAUGCCUCUGCUAUCCUCAGUUUCUCAUCCUGGGGAGGAAUGCCCUUUAAAAAAAAAAUUACUGGUUUUUCUUUUUUUACAUUAUGAUGUGACAAAUGCUACAGCAGACUCACAUUUUGCAUCGAUGGUACCUGGCAUCCAUUUUCUACUGAUGUUAUUAUCCGCAAAUAACCAAACUUGUAUGUGCCUUUUUGUGGGUUUUUUUCCUUAAAUCUUGCAGUGAACAGGCAGUAAUUCCAUCAAAUGGAUGUAUUUCAUGGCUCUUUGUUUAACACCUUCCAUUCUAUUUCACUGUUUCUUAUAACCAGUUAGCUUAACCUCAAAUAUCUUAUUCCGUGGCAUUCUUAAAUGUCUUCCUCUUUGCAACACACAUUUAAUCUUUUAUUAUGCCAUCGGGCCUUUCAUUCAUUCAGGCAUUUUUUUUCCUUUACAGGAAUUAUUUGUUGUCUAUUUUUUCUGUCGCAUGUUUCAAUCUUGCUAUGAAAAAUCUCCUAUCACUGCUGCUCGGUUUUUCAUGCUGUUCUCUUCUUGCUCCAUGUUUCCAUCUUCCUUUUCACUGUUCUAUUGAAUUGUGGAUUGUCUCUCUUUUUCCCUCCCCAUAUCCAUGGCUUUGUAGCUCUGAGAACAAUGCUUGUUAUUUUCUAGAAUUCGUGUAUUUAUCACUUUCUUGGUUGCUUCCUGAACAUCGAGAGAUUCUUUGCAGUUGUGUUAGGGUUUUUGGAAUCAGAAUAAUAAUUUGGUAUGUGAAUCUAGUUUGUGACAAAUGAGGGAGGGCAUAGUUGCAAACUCCCCAAUCAAUGACGUGCUGGCCUGAUGACGACUGACUUCUACUUCAGUGGAUUAUGGAUAUGAAGUUGCAUGUUCUCAUGAAAUUGGUAUGCACCUCCCAAGGCAACCUAAAACUUUCAUAAGAAUCCUGACUACCCAAGGAGACAGAACUGUUAAUUUCUGUCUCCUGCAUCGGCCAUUCCUCUUUAAUAAUUCAUGCUUCAAAUGUCUUUAUUCCUUGGUUUGAUCUUAGUUUUUUCUAACAUAUCUUGGUCAACCAGUUUUUUCAAGCCAAGUGAGAUAUCCUCUCUCUGAUCACCCAGAAUUUGACCUAGUUAUUAACGUAUUGUGAAGCAUUGAAACCAGAGCUGGCUGCAAUGGGAUACAACUUCCUCUCCUUUUGUGACUGUUUUUCCUCAUGCCAUUUGACCAAGACAUGUAUACUUCAUCUUUUUACACAUCUUCCUGAUGCACCACAAUUUGUUUUCAACUCGAGUGUCAGCCUCUCUUUCUGCUUUGCUCUUCUUUAAGAAGACUAAACUAAGUUUUGAAACUCUCAUUAUGAUGAUGCAUAUACCUCGUAGCAUGAUCAUAAACACGGAUUGAGGAUCCAUUGUCGUGGUAAGGUCGGAGUUGUUUUAGAUGAUGUGGACGUCUGAUGGCCCUAAAAACAUGAUAGCAGCUGCCUCCGAGGAUGAGAUGGUGACGGUCAUGGUCUACAUGCAUUAUUUAGCGUCGUCUUUGCCUGGUACCGAUGAGUAGUGACAUCUAGUGAUGGGCAUUGCACUGCAGCUUCAAUGUUGCUCUAUAUGUAUCCCAGAACUCCUUGGGAAUUUCUGAUGUAUGAAUUCUCAUUGGCUUGUUUCUCUGUUGGAAAAAUAUUUUUUCCCACUUAUCUCUUGAUUUUUUUUCCCCCUUCUACAUAGAGAAGAAUCAAUGACUUAUGGGGAAAAGAGAAGCUGUCUACCAGAACUUCCUUGGGGAUCUCAAUCACACUCUCUGCGUUCUGGCUCUUCAGACUUCCGGUCAUCUCUCCACCUCCCUCUCCCUCAGGAACCCUUUUUCCUCAGCUUGAUGCCCAGGAUAUCCAUCCAGUCUAUGUGAAGUGACGGAGGAGUAAGCCAUAUCUCUCCGAACGAUUGAUUACCCACAGAUUCUCCCUUGAUCUCAUUCCCAACAUGGUGUGCUAGACCAGGUAUCUGAGGUCGUUGUUAUCUACAUAGUCUACGUAGUUGGUGUCCGAAUACGCCUUGUUCUUUUCAAAUGACAUUGGAGAUGAAGGCUUCUUUUUAUGUACAUGGAAGGGGGGAGGGGGAGUGUAGCUGGAUUAAAUGGAGGACGAGAUCUUUAAUAAGAUUCUUAGACUGUCGACUCUUUUAUGGCGUGUUUACCGCGGAAUUCUUUUGCAAACAUGAUAAAAGAAGGAAUUAAUAUGGCUUUUUACCUCGUAUCAGUUCAUCCGCGUAGUCCCUCAGCAUGAAGGAUUUACUAAAUCCCCUUCUCAUAGCCCCUGCUCUCUCUCAUCUCCGCUGUCCUGACACCUUUUAAUUGGUGCCGAAUUCCCUGUUGGGCAAUUCCCUUGUCAACGCUUUCUUUUGUUUUCUGGUCAAAACAUCUCACAUUUCUUUACUGUCUAUCCUGACCGAAAAUCCUCUGGGCUGCCUCAAGCUAGUGGUCUUUCUUCUCCUUAGCACAGUAUGCCCUCACUCUUCUAGCAUUCUUAGUGCUCUUGGAUUCAGCGCCGCCCCUUUUUGAAGAUCAUCGCCGGGUGAAAGCCAUCUAGAGGGACUCAUGCACAUAUCAGAAAUCUUAGCAGUUCCUAAUCGUUCUUCUAGCAUUCUUAGUGUUCUUGGAUUCGGCACUGCCCCGUUUGAAGAUCAUCGCCGGGUGGAAGCCAUGUAGAGGGAUUCAUGCAUAUAUCUGAAAUCUUAGCAGUUUCCUAAUCAUUCUUCUAGCUUUCUUAGUGUUCUUGGAUUCGGCGCCACCCCAUUUGAAGAUCAUCGUUGGGUGGAAGCCAUCUAGAGGGUUUCGUGUACAUAUCUGAAAUCUUAGCAGUUUCCUAAUUAGACAUUUGAAGAUAUCUAGCAAUCCUUGGGCCUUGUAAUCUUUCUUCUUUUUUUUUGGGUAGAUUACCAUCUUGAUGCCGACACCAUAUGUGAUCAAGAUGAGCAUCACUCCUAAUCCACCAUCUGCUUGAUGUCUGAUUACCCACAUCGUCUUGCCUAUCUGCCACCUUGUCAUCCAGAAUACUGCCAGAGGUAUGCAAAGGCGGAGGACGUCGGCGGGCCAGCGGAGGAGAAAUCGAGCGACGACGAGGAGUUGACGGAGGACGAGUCAGACUUGAGUGACGAGGCUGUGGCGGGCAACCCAGAUCCAUAG